GCUGGAAUCUUUGUUAAUGUCAUGUCAUUGACUGAGUCAGGUCAUUCAUUAAAAAAAAGACAAGAAAUCUGAGCCCGUGAAAGAGGAAAUGAACCAAUCGCCGAAUCCCUUGGGCAAACAACUGACUGGAGCAAGAAAAACAAGUCUUUUGAAACCAUCACUGAAGUCGCCUGCACAGAUUUAUUUUAAAAAAAACUUUACAUAUGCAGCUCUUCGAUUCCGGCGAUUUAUGUUGCAUCAGCCAAAACAGUUCCAUAAAUCAGACUUUCUAAUAGAAACAACUGCCUACAGACUUUACUAGUAGAAGCUUAUGGAAUAUCACACAGAUGUGAGAUUGCAUUACUUGUGCAGCGGAAGGAAACAAAAUACAUAAAGAUAACUCUGAAAUUUGCAACCGCGAUUUUUUUUGUUCCAUGAGUGUGAAAGGUCCAGGCUGAUCGAGCUUGAUGUCAAAUCCAGUCUAAAUGCUCAUAAACGGUUAACAAGGGAAACACAGGAUGGAUGGUUACUUAGAUCAGCAAGUGCCUUACACAUUUUCAAAUAAAGUGCACGACGCUGGGAGCUUCGGGCGGGCAGUGAUUGCCAGAAAGAAAAGAUAUAUUCCCAAAGAACUAACUCAGGAUUCUGAAGAUCUCUUCCAGGAUUUAAGCCAACUUCAAGAAACUUGGCUUGCAGAAGCUCAGGUGCCAGACAGCGAUGAGCAGUUUGUGCCGGAUUAUCAUUGUGACAGCUUGGCUUUUCAUAGUCCCACACUGAAGAUUAAAAAGGAGCCGCAGAGCCCCAUUUCUAACCCAAACUUGUCCUGCCGCCACAAGCAAUCAUUCCAGUACAACAAUGGGGAACAGUGCCUUUAUGCCAGUGCCUAUGAGAAAAAGCCACAUGUUGGUCUCAACUCCCCACCUCCAGGGACGCCUUCAAAUACUCCGUUACAACAAGCCUGCAAUAAGUCCACGGUGAAUCCCAGACGGGAUCACAGCUUUGUGAAUCUCCAUGCACCCACACAGUCCAUAGCCAAUGGCAGAUUCCCAAUGGAACACAGCUCUCAGUUUCAACAACAGUCUUUGGAGCUCUGUCGUCGCUUCCCUUCCUCCCAGGGCAUGAACAGAGAAGCACCUUUGGCAUACCAGCGGCAAAUGUCUGAGCCCUGUGUUCCAUACCCACAGCAAAGUUACAAGCAGGAAUAUCAUGACCCAAUGUACGAGCAGGGAAACCCAGUCAGCAGUGGCAGCAUGCAUCGUUUCUCACAAUCCAUGGUCAUCAAGCAGGAACCUCCAGAUUAUGCAUAUGAUCCCGACAUUCCUGGCUGUCCUUCUAUGUACAUGCCCAGUGAAGGUUAUGCAACUCAGUCCAGCAGUCUGGAAGGCUUUUCCUAUGAGAAACAGCUGAGACCUUACAGUGACGAUGCGUCUGUGGUUCCUGACAAACUUGAAGGUGACAUCAAGCAGGAGAUCAGUACAUAUCGUGAGGGCCCUUUAUAUCAGCGUCGGGGAUCCCUCCAGCUGUGGCAGUUCCUGGUUGCACUCCUGGAUGACCCAUCCAACUCUAACUUUAUUGCUUGGACAGGUCGAGGGAUGGAAUUCAAACUGGUUGAACCAGAAGAGGUGGCAAGACUGUGGGGAAUGCAAAAGAACCGACCAGCCAUGAACUAUGAUAAACUUAGCCGUUCACUUCGCUACUAUUAUGAGAAGGGGAUCAUGCAAAAGGUGGCUGGCGAGCGAUACGUGUAUAAGUUUGUCUGCGAACCUGAAGCGCUCUUCUCUUUGGCAUUCCCUGACAAUCAGCGGCCACUGCUGAAGUCUGAAUUCGAUCGGCACGUGAAUGAAGAAGACACUGUUCCCCUGUCUCACCUGGACGAGAACACUGCCUACAUGCCAGAUGCGGGCUGCAUCAAUUCACAGCACUAUAACAAAGGAUACAUGUAUUGAUCAACAACAAGGCGAAUGUUGGGUUUUUAAUCUCUCUUAAUUGCACUGCAACAACUAUUAGAAACUGGUAGAAAUUAUAAGUUAGAAUCUGUUGCUUUAAACGUACGUAUAUCAAAUAACUGGGGAUAUAAAGUCAUUGUGUAUAUGAUUUUUAGAGGAUUGGUUUGUCUAUUUCUUUUCUUGCAUUUGUCUCACCCAAUACAUAUACACAUUGUACAAGGCUCUUUUGUAGUUUGAGGCAGGGCUUUAUAAAACAAAAAAAUCUCAUUAUUCCCCAAUAAGUAUCAAAUUGAUCAAGCCCAAACAUAUAUUUUAUUUGUUCUCAAUUUUUUUUUGAAAACUGCUAUUUUGUGCUUUUAUAAUUGAGUUUCAUUACAAGAGUUUCUUGUAAAAUCUGCCAGAACAUUUUCAGAAAUAUACCCAACAUUCAAAGGCUCAUGUCUGCUAAAUGAAUAGAUAUUCCUUGUUUUCUGACAAUAGUCUGUUUCUCACUCCCUCUGCAGUCGGGACAUCUUUGCUUUCUUGCCUCUUUAACUUCUAAGUUUUGUGCUUAAUCAUCAUUGGUUAACGCCAUUUGGAGUCUCCUACUGUAGACUGUGUUUCUGUUUAGCAGAGAUUUCGCUUGGAAACAGAUACCACAGUUCCCCAAAAAUCUAAGAUUUUGGACUCACACUAGAACAGUUAGAUUUUAAAGAGGAAUAUUUUUAUUCUCGAAUUGUUCAAAGGGGAAGGAAGAUCUGCUUUGAAGAUCCUCAUAACAGUAAGAUAGUUAUUGCGGUAAACAAAAAAAUGGUAAAAGUUGUAAUUUGGAUGUGAAUUAGAAAAUCACCACAUGAGUAAAAUGAAAGUUAAAUAAUCUGAAUUAAGCAAAAUUGAAUAGAGGAGUAGUAGCAAAGAAGUUCAGAAAAAAUGGCAGUGGAAUUGCAAAACCCAAUAUUUACUUGUAAAACAAGCAUAAUAUUUUGUUCCACAACACACUAAACAUAAAAUGCAUUAAAUCACUUGCUUUCAGAUACAAUUCCAUAUUCAAACCUAAUCUUGAAUCGAGUCCAUGCUGUGACUAAUCAGCUGACUAGUGGUUAGUUUGCUUCACUGCAAACAGAAAAGGUGAAUCGAAUCUUUGUCGUGAAAACACCUUUUUAAAGUGGGGGAGAAGAGUUCUGUUUGAAAUGGGAUAGUCCUGCUUCAGAAUCCAGCAGCGUGCAGUAUAACUAUCAGGCAAUUGUAAUAGCAGUGUACAAUCCACAUCAAAUCUGUGGAGAGGGCAUGGAUUGUAACUUUAUCACUUCUAUUAGAGAUUAUCACAUAGCUGUACAUUUAGACAUUUUAUUAUUACUCAAGCAUGAGGUUGGGAUAUGGAAAUAAAUGAUCCAAGUGUCAAUUUACUGAAAAUUACACUUCAGAUUAAUCGGUUGGGGAAAUAAAUUCUCAUUCCAGGAAUUAGUGGAAUCUAGACAAAAACCUAAACUUUGCUAUCUGUAUUCUGACUGAACCAUUUCUGAAAUAUGUGCAUUCUAUAUCUAGUUCCCAGUGAGCACAUGCUCGCAACACAAAAUUUUGUACCAGGGAACAAUCUCUGAGAGCUGACUGGAUUAGAAAUGACAACAAUGACAUUUCUCUGUAAUUAGAAUUAGCACCCAAUGAUUGUUGAAGGUAAUUUUUCUCAAGCAUGCAAUGACCCAGCAGUGGGUAUGGAAUAUACCCCUCCCAAUGAAUGCAAGGGAACUGGUGGGAGAAACAGAUAAUUGAGCGGCAUCGAAGAGAUGCCUGUCCCUUUCCUCCUACCAGAGAAAUUACAUUUUGAUCAACCUUCAUGCACUUAGGCAAUUAAUCAAUAAACACUCGAGGGUCUCAUCUGGCAUAGGCUGCCAUUACAUAGCUGCAUUUGGAAUGUGAAGGUGUCAGCCUAUCAGAAAGGUAAAUCCCUGUCUGUCAGUUUGUUUGGGAGGGGAUGGUUUGUGCUAAUUUGUGCAAGACCUAGGGUAGGAUUUUGACCUCCAGGAGGCUCUCUCAAGCAGCCCCUAAAUUUGAGUGGUAAUCCUGCAGUUGCCUGUCUGCCUGGUGGGCCGAGAUCUCUCGCUGUGGGUUUGUAAUUCAAUGAUUAUCAAUGAGUUUCCCAAUCAAGCAUGUAUUCUAUCCAAGAUCUGCCAUGGACUUCUCUCCAGGAAAAUUGUCCACUUUUGAGCUUUGUCUGUAGAUGGAAAAAUUCUGCCUCGGGUGUUGGAACAGACAAUGUUUCAUUCCUCUUAAACGCUUUUACCUUGAUCAGCAUUCAAUCCAAUUCAUUUUUGGAUAUGAUAAUUACUAUCAUGCCAGCUCAGGUUGUGCAUUUUUUUGGCUUAAACCCAAAUCAGUUUGUCCACCUGCCUGUGCCUGCAGGUUUUGGGAGAUAUUACUCAUUGAAGAGUUACUCACAGAUUAUUUAUAUCACACUCCCUGUGUCAUAGCCUUGUAUUUCCAGCAUGUGCCCCAUGGUAGACGUAAACUAAACAUGAAAUUGAGGAGUACAAAUGGAUCAUUUACAGCACCCCUGAUGCAAUUAGUUGAUAUUAGUGUAAGGAACAAAAUUAUGAGGAAUAAAACUCCACCAGCCAUGUAUUAUUAAGUGAAAAUAAGGAAUAAAUGCCUUGCCAGCCAGUUUAGAGUCUGUAGUAGGACUUGUUUAAGUCUUUUAUUUACUCACAGGUAUUUAAGUCUCGUCAUGUUAAUACGGAGGUGGCAUGAUCUCAGUGAAGUGAUGAUUAAAUUGCAUGUGGAGUACUAGGUGCCUCUGUGGCAGAGGAACAGUUAAAGCUACCUCUCAUAUUGACCAAUUUCUAUACCGAUAGGUAAAAUAUGAUGUAUUUUAGGUUCACUACUUAAUGCGUGGAAAUGUACUAAUCACUUUUGGCCUGUCCCACAAUGACCACAUUAGUUGAAACUAAGCUGGUUAAUUGUUGCUUUUGCCCUGUUUUCUUAAGACGCUCAGCUAGUCUGAAGGAAAAAUGAUCUACUGUGGUCAAACGCUUUUAAGGGUAGUCAUGAGCCAUAUCUGCUGAUAUUUGUAGGAAUAAGAACUUUGCAAGGAAGCAUGGUAUUUAUAUUGCAUGGUUAAAAGAAUCAUAUUAUCCAACAGAAGUUGCCAUUUUGGGCAAGUUCUAAGCAUGUUGCACCUGAAAUAUGCAAAUUUGGGACAACCAAUAAUUUCAAAAUUUCCUUUAAAAAUGCAUUUAUAAAAUUAGUGUUUGAACCAAUUUUCAUUUGCUUUGAGGUCCAGAUUGUGAUCAUUUAUUUUGCUGUCAUCCUGUAAACAGCAAGAUCAGCAAGUAGGUUGCACAUUGCCAUUACAAAUGUAAUAUCAUUGUAUUCUGUGCAAUGGGUGUUUUAUUUUACUUGAAGCUUUUAUAAGUUACUGUUUCACUGACAGAUGUGUCUGUUAGAUGAUGCUCUCUCGUAGUUUAUCCUGGAUGUUCUGGCUGAAGGUUGAUAGCAAAGAGUGGAUGUAUAUCACGAAAUUCUUGAACAAAACAGGAAAACGAGGAUCAAGUUUAAAACACACAGGUUUCCAGCCUUGAUUUUGCUCUCCCACUGAAAGCAUCGAUUGCCUGGGUACAGUUCAAUGAUACUAGACCCAGAUUGGCAUAUCUUCAUGUAUAUAUUUAGGCACUGAGUGUGGGCAGUUCAAUUGAUAUUGAGGGUGCCUUACUGUCCAGAAUAGCCAUGUCCAUAUACAGCUCCCUGCUGGUUUGGGUUACUACUCGAGGAUACUGUUGUAAAUGUAGAAAAUAGAACCAGCGUAGGCUAUUCAGCCCAUACAGCAUGCUCUACUGUUCAAUGUGAUCUUAGUUGAUCCUCUAACUCAAUGCCUUAUUCCCAAUUUCUCCCCAUACCCUUUGCUUCUGAUAAAAUCAAAAAGGAAUCUGUAUCUUUCUUGAAUAUUAGUGGCUUGGCCUCCACAACAUUCUGUGGCAGAGAAUUCUACAUGUUAGCUACCCUUUAAGUGAAGAAAUGUUUCCCAACCUCAGUCCUAAAUGGUCUACCUAACGCUGUGACCACUGGUUCAAGACUCGUCAACCAGGAAAACAUUCUCCCCACAUCUAGCCUCUCCAGCCCUGUUGGAAUUUUAUGUGUUUCAGGCAGGUGCUCCCUCAUAUUUCUAAAUGCAUGUGAGCACAGGCCUGGUAGAACCAAUCAUUCCUAAUAGGACAAUGCCAAGAUAAUAAAAUGUGAGGCUGGAUGAACACAGCAGUCCAAGCAGCAUCUCAGGAGCACCUCUCUGAUGAAGGGUCUAGGCCCGAAACGUCAGCUUUUGUGCUCCUGAGAUGCUGCUUGGCCUGCUGUGUUCAUCUGCAGUUUCCAUUAUCUCUGAUUCCUAAUGGGACAACCUGCUAUCCCUGGUAUCAGCCUAGUAAACUCCACUCCACUCCUCCUAAGGCAAGUGUAUCCUUUCUUAGGCAGGGAGACCAAAAUGCAAACACUCUACAAACUGAAAUUCAAAGUUUCUAGCAUCUUGUGUUGCCACGGCUCAGUUAUGUUCUGUUUUUGCCAACUCUAGCAUUGGGAAAGCUAUCUCCUGCUUUCUGGACAGCCAGAUAAAUGACGGUACAGAGUAUUAAUGAAAAACAAACCACCAGUAACCUCCAACUGUAGCACCCACAGUGAGUGUGCAGAUGCACUGAAUGAUGUGGUUUCUUCUUCAAUAACUAACUGUUCAAAGCAUCUUUAUCCAACAUGUAGUGAAUGUUUUAUAUAGAAUUUGACAGUAGAUCCAACAGGGACUUGAGAGGAGUAAGUGGGCAGCACUCCGAUAUAAAACCAAAGUUACCGGAUCUGGCGGCUGAACACUCAACUCACUGCUUGGAUCAAAUUUUGUCCAGGGAACACAGUUGUCAAUUGUAAAACUCACAAGCAGCUGAACAGUCGGCCACAUACAACUGAGAAGUCCAUAAAUAGCUAUGAAUUUCUUUUACUCCAAUCCCACCCUUUUCCAAUACCACCCUCGCUGCGUUUAUUGCUGAUGCAUUUUUCAGAAAAUGCCCACAAUGGCUCAGUGGGUCCAUGAUCAAGUAGCUGAGCCACUUGCAUUGGGUUUUUAACCCCUGAAUUAUGUUGGAUUAGCUAAUCUCAUCCAGAACAUGUGUAGCAAAGUACACAAACUUCUUCUUCAUAGAAUUAAGAAGCAGGGAGAGUGAAGGGAAGAGAGUUUUCUCCCUCUGCUUGUUAUCCAGUGGCUCUUGCUGGUUAUGCCUGUGCAAGUAUUGGAUGUAAGUCUCCCAUCUACAGCGACUCUUGGUCAAAGCUCACACACACAAAUAAGGACCUGUGGAACAGUGCCUCAGCAAUAAAUCAAUAUACCUUCAGGAAAAGAGAUGAAGAAUUUGGUCAGCAAAAUAACAUUAGUUUAUGUUGAGCAAGAAUCAUUUUCUGGCACUACUUAAGGAAAAUGGCUUCAAUUAUCACAGCAAUCAGUGAUUAUGUAGCACUGUGCAUAUUGCAGAUGUUGAUCUCAAUUGUCACUGCUUGUACAUUUGUUAUGGGAAGUGAGGCUUUUUUUUCUAUAAAAAAUGACUUUUCAAGAGAAUGAUUGGUGCUGGGGCUGAGAGCUAUCUUUUGGUUUCUGACAUCUAAGCCCUACUUUUACUUGCACCCAGGAUCCAAGUGCGUUCCAGGAUAGGCUCAAAGCCUCUCUGUUCACUUGUGUACAAAAUGAGCUUCAAUUUUUCUGUCAAUCAGCAGAGCUCACAAGUUAGCAAUUUUACACACAGGAACUAUUAUGUUAUCCGAAGUGGGCACAAUUAAUAUAGUGAAGUGCAGUGAGAGUUACCAUUCCGAGGUUGAAACUAGUAGGAGCUUGGAACCACAUCUCUCUGUGUAGUACCUUCAUCUAGAGUGCUUUUAACUGCCAUUUAAGUUCAGGCAGGAAAGUGGCUGUACUCCAGUGCUGUUAUCCCCAUCCAGACUCAACUAAUCUACAAGGUCUGUUUACAUCAACUUUCAAUUGAUGUAAUUUAAUGAUAGGAUGAGCCUAAGAUUCACUGUACCAUUGUUAUUUCUUUUAUUGAGUAGCUUGACAAAAUAAAGUGAUCAUGCAUUUGUAAAUAAUGUAAUCUGUUUUUCAAGGAUUUUUGCAUAAAAUAGUUGAAUAUUGAAUUAGCUACGAAUGUCGUAGUUGCAAUUCAGUUGUAAAUGAACAUUAAUCAAUAAAUUGAAACCAUUAUACACUCUA